AUGUUCUAUCCAUGCUAUAUUGAUCUUGGAAAAGCAGCCAGGGAGUUAUUCACAAAGGGAUAUAACUUUGGCUCUCUGCGAGUCGAUGCAUGUUCGAGAUCAGGUGAAAACCAGGAGGUUGAGUUUUCUAGUGCUGCUGUACACACUGUUGCUACAGGAAAGCUUGCUGGAAAUUUCGACGUUAAAUAUCGUAUGCCUUCGUAUGGUGUGGUUCUGACAGAGAAAUGGAAUACGGAAAAUUUAUUGGGUACAGUUGUCGAAAUACAGGACCGCUUCGCUCGUGGUUUAAAACUUACAUUAGAUUCAUGGUAUGCUCCACAUAAUGGCAAGCGAUCAGGUCGAGUGAAGGCUGAGUGGGUGAACAGAAAUGUCACGUGUAAUCUUGAUGUUGGUUUGGAUACCGGUCCACAUAUCAGUUUUUCUGGAGUCACUGGUUUGCAUGGGUGGUUGAUGGGAGUACAGAGCGCAUUUGAUGUUUCGAGCAGUCAAGUCAAGAGUCUUAGUUUUGCGUUUGGAAGAGUAGGAACAGAUUAUGUUUUGCAUUCAUAUGUGAACGAUGCACGAGAAUUUGGCGGUUCAUUCUACCACAGUGUUGCUCAUAAUUUGGAAAUUGGUGCUAUGUUUAGCUGGAUGACAGGUGAACCGGGGGCUCGUUUCGGUUUAGCUAUGAAAUACUGUCCUACACAGGAUCUAGAACUGAAAGCCAAAGUCGAUCAUGACUCAAAACUUGCUUUUGCACUUACACAUCACCUCUCAAAAAGGCUAAAGUUGACGCUUUCAUCACAGUUUGGAAUGGCGUCAUUCAGUGAAGGACAUAAAUACGGAAUUGGCUUGAACUUCCACCCGUGUUGUUGA